AUGGUUUCCACCAUCCUCAUCGCCCUCGGCUUGCCGAUUCUGAUCUCGUUGUUCAUCAACUGGCGCGCUAUCGUCUGGUAUGUGUUCCAAUCCGGCAAUCUUUACCUCGGCCGUCGAAUUACCUACGUGGUACCUUUGGCCUUGGUCUGCAUUGCGACCUACUGCAGCGCUCCGCUCUUUGAGUACCUGCUACUCCUGGCCUGGUCUUACGCAUUGAUUGCACUGGUUGAACGACUUACGGAAGGCUUCCUCUGUUUUUCCUUCAUUGUUUUGUUCUUGCUCGUCACAUACGUGCAGUUCUUCAGCAUUGUAGGCUAUGAUGUAAUCUUGACUCUCAACCGUGCCUUGGUGUGGUUUCUUCGCGAAUACCGAUGGAAACGAUUCAUCAUGCAUUGUCUACGCGAUGAUCGUCAUGCUCGCUUCACGUCCGCAUCCGAAGUGGUUCUCUACAUCGCCGAUUGGGUACACUAUCGAAUCGCUGGCGACUGGAAGGAAGUCGUACUUCUAGAGUUCCAGGCCCAACAUUACCCUGGACCCCAGCCCACCACGUAUGACCAGCUAGAGCGACGCUUCAUCGGAGAGCUCCAGGUAGUGGCUGGUGCACGUACCAGUGGAAACCCUCUCGUUGGUAUGGCCGCUGAGCACAUCAUCGCAAUUGCUUGCGGACACGUCUAA